CCCCCCCCCCCCCCCCCCACAAAACCACACACAAAAAAAAAACUCCCCCCCCAAAAAAACACGCCUCACCCCACAACACCCCACCCCCCCCCCCCCCCCCCCCCCCCCCCCCCCCCCACUCGCUUGUGAUAAAUACUAGUUAUUACUUCUUAUUUUAAAUAAAAUAGUUUAAACUAAUGUUAAAAAGUAUCUUUUAUUCUAACUAACUAUUAAAAACUAUCUAAUAAACCUGUUCAGGGUCAUUACAGUAUAACUCUUUCAAAACUUAACAGUUCAUAUUCAAACUUUUAACAUAUAAAUAAUUACACUUUCUCUAUUUGACUUGAACAUUCAAAAUUGUUCAUAAUCUAAAUUGCACGAUCAGUUGUUGUAUCUUAGUGUAAUCUACUGAAGUAUAUGAGAAAAACUUUUAUGAUUCUGUCAUCGAGUGCUAUUCAGUAAUACAAAUUAGAUUAAUAGAGAAACAAAUAUUAGAGGUUUUUUCAUUUGAGCGAUUUUCUAUAUCUUCAGCUAGUAAUCAACUUCUUUGAUUCUACUAGAAAUAUAGUUCAAAACCUACAGAGAACAAAAAAAAAUAAAUCAUACUACUUUAGAUUAACUUUUCUCUGUAAUCAUCUAUUUGAUAGGGCUAAAAGUUAUUAAUGGAUAAAGAUAAACGAAUCAUUUUCUAUAAUUAAUUCUAAAUCUGAGAAAGUUGUUUAUAAAAUUUUACAGUUAUUGAUGAUGAUAUAUAAUUGGUUACAAAUAAUGUAAUAAGUUUUUCUCAAUUUAGCAUGAACAAUAUUAAAAACAGAUAUGUUAUAUUAUGUUGUGAUAUAUAAUCAGACAUGAUAGAUUUAUUUAAAAUACUUUUUUAGUACCUGUCGAUGUAGUCGUACGUAAUGUCAUCCUUAUUGUUCAGUAACUAUAAAAGUUGGAAACUUUAUAGUAGCAUAUCUUGUUUUCAACAGAUUGAAUGGUAUACUGAAGAUUCUAUUGUAUACUAACACGUCAACAUACGACCCAUAGUGGUUCUUACCAAUAACGAUUCUUAACUCCAAAAAAUUCGCUUCUCGGUAUUAGUAAACACGUCCUAUUAUUCAGUUGUAACUAAAGAUUGGUGCAUGUCUUUACACUGAACUGAAUAUUGAAGAUAAGUGUAGUUUUUCUUUUCCUUAUAAAACUAACAACAAACUACAUAAGAAGAAUUUUUUCUGGAUUUGAUUGUCCAUAUUCAUUUAUUCUCUCGUUCUCCUACACAAAAGAAAAAUGACAUUUUGGAUUAUUGAUUUAUGCAUAUGUCCUCAUCGUCGUUCCACUGAAUAUAAUUUUCUUCAAUUCUUUAUGGAAAAACCGUUUUUCAACUAUUAAUAUACACGCUGUUAUUAUUCAUUAGCAUAUAUCCCUACAAAAAAAUGUCAAAAACGAAGGGUGGGAUCAUAUAAUCUCAUUUGAUUAUAAAUAUUGCCGGUUUGAAUAGCAAAGAGAAAAAAAAAAGAAUAAAAUCAAAACUUCUCUGAUAGAUUGACGCUUUUUUUCGCCUUCUUUUUGCAAGUUUUCUCUGUUUAUGGCCGUUUGAAGAUAUCAAAAUAAAUUUGUUAAAGCUUUAACAAUUUUUAAACGAUUUUGACAUGACAGGCAAAAUAUGUAAAGUAAAAAUAACCUCAGUAUCAUGUAGUAAAAGUUUAACAGGUUUACUGUUUGAUUAGAAAUGCUUACGGUUGCAAAAAUCUCUCUUAUCUUGUUUAGAGAGUUUUUAAUGGCCAUCAAUAUUACAGCUAAAGGAAAUCCUGAGAAAAAAUUAAAAUGGGCAUUUAAAAUGUACGAUAUUGAUUCGAAUGGAAGUAUCGAUAGACAAGAAAUGUUAAAAAUAAUUGAAUCUAUUUAUGAUUUGUUGGGUGCUGGUGUUCCUCAAGGCGAAAAAGUCAAUCAAACCGAUACUCCAGAAUCGCGUACAGCUCAAAUAUUCGAUGUAAUGGUAGGUAGAUUAAAAGACGAGGAUAAAAAUGGUGUGAUUACGGAAGAAGAAUUUAUUCGUGGAUGUAUGGCUGAUCGCGUUCUUUAUCAAAUGUUGACAGCCGAUACCAGCGAUCCAGAUAGAUAG